AUGUCGGAGCGACCAACGCCGCGCAAAACGCUCUAUGUGACGGGGUUCCCGCCUGGAAUGCCUGCGCGAGAGCUGGCUUACGAUUUUGAGCGGAUUGGCCCGCUUGUGCGCUGCGAUAUUCCCACGCCGAAGACGCACAGAUCGACAUGGUAUGCAUUUGUCGAGUACGCCGAUUUGCAGGAUGCCGAGGAUGCCUAUUAUGAGCUUCAUGGACUCCCUUUCGGCAGAUAUACACUGGAUGUGCAGUAUGCGAAAAGCGCGCCUGCUUCGCGUCAUCCACAAAGCGCGCGGGGCGUAUCGUACUCGCCAUCACCCAAGCGGCGCAGCGAUGCGGAACAAACAACUCCGCCCCAUGACAAGUCCGCUCGCUGGAACGAUGAAGUUGGGCGCCCGAAGGACCGCAGUGCAAGUCCUGCAAAUAUGGAGGACGAUGCGCCAGCAGAGACGCAAGUGUCGCCGAGGGACUAA